UGCCACCUGUCAGUGCCCAUCAAUGCCAGCUGUCAGUGCUCAUCAGUGCCACCUGCCAGUGCCCAUCAGUGCCUCAUAUCAGUGCCUACCAGUGCACAUCAGUGCCACAUAUCAGUGCCCAUCUGAGCUGCCUUUCAGUGCCACCUAUCAAUGCCAGUCAGUGCCACCUAUCAGUGCUGCCAAUCAGUGCCACCUAUCAGUGCCAGUCAAUGCUGCCUAUCAGUGCCAGUCAGUGCCGCCUAUCAGUGCCAUGCCCAUCAGUGCCACCUAACAGUGCCAGUCAGUGCCGCCUAUCAGUGCCAGUCAAUGCCGCCUAUCAG